UUUCUGAUUUGCCAGAGGAGAACCAAUGGCGCAAGCACUACUGCCAUUGGUUAGAAAACUAGGUUAGUGGUCCGACAGGCAUGACUGUGAAAAGAAACUAGGUCACCGAUUGAAAAUCGUUUAUGUCACAGUUCUUUGGCUUUUCACAACACGUUACCAAGUGGCCUUCAAUGGAUAGUCGAACCAAAUGAAACAAUGGAUGUGGGAUGGAAAUUAAGCCUGGGUGGUUUAAGACCAUUGAGCCCUCAUGACCCAGUUUUUAUUCCAGUACCAGUUCUUUUCAGUGGCACUGUGAUUUUCUUCUUCCUGGCUAGGACCUUGUCCUAAGUUACUUUGGCUGCACCUGUUACUUUGGAAUCCAUUCAGAUUGGAAGAACAUUACCUACCUUCCAGAGACCACAUAAGAUUAAGGACGACCAGACACACUGUUCUGGAAGUUACUCAGCCAGUUUAGGAGGCCUGUUCCUGUUCCGUAUCCAGUUGAGGGCUGACGAUUGGAUGGAAGGAGAUGAUUUUAACACAGAGGCUGUGAUGAACAUCUGUGAUGACCUGAUGGCAGACCAAAGGAUGGACAUCUCCUCUACAAUGACUGACUUCAUGUCCCCCAGCUCCACCGACCUUAUCUCCAGCUCUAUCAGCACUCCUAGCAUGGACUACACUCGUAAGAGGAAGGGCAGUACUACAGAAUAUCAAAUCGAUGGAUUCUCAUUUGACGAUAUGGAUCCAGACAAAGAUAAACUGGGAAGUGACCAACCAGGCCGAAUAAAGAAUGCCAGAGAGGCCCAUAGCCAGAUUGAGAAGCGUCGAAGGGACAAGAUGAACAGCUUCAUUGAUGAACUGGCGUCAUUGGUGCCCACAUGUAAUGCCAUGUCCCGUAAAUUGGACAAGCUCACAGUUCUUCGCAUGGCUGUUCAGCACAUGAAGACACUCAGAGGUGCAGCAAAUCCAUAUACUGAGGCGAAUUAUAAACCUUCCUUCCUUUCAGAUGAUGAGCUGAAACAUUUGAUUUUAAGAGCUGCUGAUGGUUUCCUGUUUGUGGUUGGAUGUGAUCGUGGAAAGAUUCUUUUUGUUUCAGAAUCAGUUUUCAAGAUUCUUAAUUAUAGCCAGAAUGACCUCAUAGGUCAGAGUCUCUUUGACUAUCUUCAUCCGAAGGACAUUGCCAAGGUCAAAGAACAGCUGUCUUCUUCCGAUACGGCCCCUCGUGAGAGGCUCAUUGAUGCUAAAACUGGUCUUCCAGUAAAGACUGACAUCACGCCUGGACCAUCUAGACUUUGUUCUGGUGCCAGACGAUCAUUUUUCUGUAGGAUGAAGUGCAACAGGCCGUCUGUUAAAGUAGAAGAUAAAGAGUUUCCCUCAACCUGCUCAAAGAAAAAAGCUGAUCGCAAGAGCUUCUGCACCAUCCAUAGCACAGGAUACCUUAAAAGUUGGCCCCCCACAAAGAUGGGUCUUGAUGAAGACAGCGAGCCUGAUAACGAAGGCUGCAACUUGAGUUGCCUGGUAGCGAUUGGUCGACUGCACCCGCAUAUUGUUCCCCAACCCAGCUUGGCCGAUAUCAGAGUGAAACCCACUGAGUAUGUUUCCCGGCAUGCCAUUGAUGGGAAAUUUGUCUUCGUUGACCAGAGAGCAACCGCCAUCCUUGCUUACCUCCCCCAGGAGCUGCUGGGAACAUCCUUCUAUGAGUAUUUCCACCAGGAUGACAUUGGCCAUCUGGCAGAGUGCCACAGACAAGUUCUGCAGAUGAGAGAAAAGAUUAACACCAACUGUUACAAAUUCAAGAUCAAAGAUGGCUCUUUCAUCACACUGAGGAGCCGAUGGUUCAGCUUUAUGAACCCUUGGACCAAGGAGGUGGAAUACAUAGUUUCCACGAACACUGUUGUGUCGUGCCCUAUGAUGGAAGGAUCAGAAUACACUCAAUCUGCUGCCUCCCCACAGAGUAUGGACAGUGUUCUUCCUUCAGAAGUAGGUGGAGGAAGACGGGCAUUGCAGACAGUGCCUGGCAUUCCCGGUGGCACAAGAGCAGGAGCUGGAAAAAUUGGAAGAAUGAUUGCAGAAGAAGUUAUGGAGAUUCAAAGGAUCCGAGGCUCCUCCCCUUCCAGCUGUGGUUCUAGCCCAUUGAACAUCACCAGUACCCCUCCACCUGACACCUGUUCUCCUGGGGGAAAGAAGAUUCACAAUGGAGGGACACCUGAGUUAGCCAGCACUGGGAUCCUACCUGGGCCUGAUUCUGUCGGCUAUCCUUACUCCAACCAGUCCAUCAUGAGCGACAACUCCCACCUGAGUAUAGAUAUCAUGGACGAGCCUGGUUCCAGCAGCCCAAGCAAUGACGAGGCGGCUAUGGCUGUCAUCAUGUCCCUCCUGGAGGCGGACGCAGGCUUAGGUGGCCCCGUGGACUUCAGUGACCUGCCUUGGCCUUUGUGAGAGAGCGAGAGAGAGAGAGAGAGAGAGAGAGAGAGAGAGAGAGAGAGAGAGAGAGCGAGAGAGAGAGAGAGGAGAGAGAGAGAGAGAGAGAGAGAGAUUCUGUUAUGUUUUAUGCACUCUCUUGCAAACUAUACUGCAAAAGAGUCAUUCUGAAUGAAACAGAAAUCCAAAUUUCAAUGUAAAACAAGGCUUCACAGAGCUUCAUGCUGAAACCAAAAGAAGGCACUUCUAUAAUUUAUGUGAAGAUGACCACUUUUGCAGUGAUAAUUAUGGCCGCAGUUGGACAUCCUACAAAUGGAGCAGUUAAGUUAGGGUAACAAUGCUGUGAUGCUGACGGACAGGACAACCUUCUUUCUGACACUGGCUCUAGCCCCGCUGUCAGCUGCUGAGUCUCAACUAACACCAAAUUCUGAAACAUUGGUCAGCUUGUGGCUCUCGCGUGGUAUUCGUCUCCGAGCCUUGGGGUCUGUUUUAGUUGACAUGGAGAAACAGGCACAGAAGUUAACCCUCUGCAUUAUAGCUAAAAAGACACAUCACUCCAACAAUUCCACAUGAAAGUAUAUUCCACUUGUCGAUAUCAGAGAGACAUCCAGCUGUUGUUUUCCUUGAUAACUUCCACUUUUUAAACUGGGGACUUGUGUCUGGUAUGUAUGACUCAUUCGAAGCCAUCAAAAAAGUUGUACUCUGUGGUCAUCAUGAAGCUGAAGCAGAUUUUUCUCAUUUCCGAAUUGACUCUUCCACCAGAGAAGCAAACAAAGAAGUUGUUAAAAUGUGAUGGCAGCAGCAGUCUGUGUUUUAAGGCUGUGUACCAAGACACCCCCCUCCAAAAAAAAUAAAAAUACAGAACCAGU